CUCUUUAUAUAAACAAACACAACACACAUCACUUUAAACUCACCCAUUCCAACCCCAUGUCCCUCAUUACUCGUGACUUCCUCGGCAAUCAUCAUUCCUCAACACAAUUGCCACUUCCUGACUUUAAGUCGGAACGCAAUCAUGUUGCAAGAUGUCGGUCAACAAACACGAAUCGGGCCACAGAUCUUCAAGACCUCAACCAACCUCCGUUAAACCUCUUGGACGAUACGAAUUUAGACCUAAAUCUUGUUUCUUUGUCGUCGUCGUCGUCAUCAUCGUCGCAGCCUUAUACUCUUGGUAAAGUUAAGUCUGCGCUUGAACGAGCCGAAAAAGAAUACGCUAAGAAACGUUCAAAUUCAAUGCCAAAAUCUUUUGUGGAAGAUGAGGAAACUUAUGCUGCUGCUUGCCCAAGUUGUUUGCUUUACGUGCUUAUAUCGAAUAGAAAUCCUAGAUGCCCGAGUUGCAACAUGAUAGUCCCGUAUCCUGCAACGAUGAAGAAACCUCGUAUUGAUCUUAACAUUAACAUAUGAGCUAGCUAGCUAGCUGAUCAUACUCAUUAGGACGUAUCGUUAGAUUUGAUUUAGGUUUAUCUAGGAGAUGUAUACAUAUUUUAGAAAGUAAUGUUAAAGAUACUUAUGAAUAAAAUAAAUACUCGUUGGCUCCUC